AUGAUUGAAAAUGAAUGGAAAGACCGAAGAAAAGAACAUGGAAGCACAUUCAUUAACUAUGUCAAGGAACAACCUCUCCGACAGCUCAACAUGUUACUGGGGACCAAUGACUCUGAAACAGACAGGUUUAGAACAACUGUGGUAGUUGGGGAGGCAGGCAUUGGGAAAAGUACAAUGGUACAGAAAUUAAUCCAAGAUUGGUCACAAGGUAAAAUAUACCAAUCAUUUAAAUUUGUUUUUCAAUUCCAAUUUCCACGUUUAAAUUUAAUACACUGGAAGACCAGUCUGACAGCCCUGGUCCGGGAGAACUAUCCUUAUUUAGAUGAUGCACUGGAACAUUUGUGGAAAGAACCUGAAAAGAUAUUGUUUAUGUUAGAAGAUUUAGAUCAAUUUCAGAAAAUCAUCCAUUUCAAUGAUGCUGAAAGGAAUGCCGAAUCCCAACACCAGUGUCUCGAUCCUAACUGUUAUUGCCUGAUCGCGGAUGUUGUUCGUUGUCUCAUUCAGGGAGAGUGACUGAAGGGUUGCUCUGUCCUCAUCACAAGCCGAACCUGGAAAUUCAAUUCUUUUGGAAUUGCAGGUGUAAAUCGAAAAGUACAAAUCCUGGGUUUCGCGUCUGAUGCAACACUACAGUACUUCCACAAUUAUUUCAGAAAUGAACAGACAAUGUCACAUAUAAUUAAAUACAUAAAAGCGAAUGACACAUUGUAUAGAAUGUGCUAUAACCCCCUGUUUUGUCUGACCCUCUGCUCAUUAUUUGAGUCACCACGGCCACAAGGAGUUGAAGAGAUGCCUUUGUUCCAUACAACCAGCACACAGGCAGUCUCCACUUACAUCGUUAAUCUAUUAGGCAGAAGUGGUUACACUCUUGAAAGCUGUUCAGAAGAUCUGUUGAAACUGGGAGCUCUGGCUUAUGAUGGAUGCUGCAAAAAUCUUGUGGUGUUUAACAGAAACCAACUUAGUUCCCACAACGUGAACUUUGCCAAAGUUAUUACUGUAUUAAUGAUGGAAAUUCAAGUUCCAGGCCACGAGACAACUGUUUAUGCAUUUAAUCAUUUUAUUAUUCAGCACUUUCUUGCAGCUCUCCACAGAAUUCGAACUACAACAGGGAAUAAACUAUUAGAAUCGCUCAAUGCAGAGCACACAACUACUGAUGGGAGAUUCACACUGUUGUCACGUUUUCUUGUUGGACUUGCCAGACACAAUUCAACCACAAAACCUGACUGGAAAAUGACUAAUAUUGAUCCUGCAGUCAGCAAAUGUGUGUCUGGUUGGCUCAUAAAUUAUUCCAAAAAAUGUGAUUCAAAUGUGGAAGGCAAGAAAUCCGAAGAGACCUUUUUAAACUUGUUGUACUGCUUUCAUGAAUUUGGAGAUGCACAGCUGAUCAGGGACGCAUUAUCGUCAAGAAAUACAAUUCAGUUCACGAAUUAUCAUCUUAACGUUGCUGACUGUGUGAUUCUGUCAUCCACAUUAAUGGCCAUUGACAAGUUAGAAGAACUGGACCUGAGAUGUUGUGACCUACCGGAUGAAGGUGUACAAUUUCUGCUGCCUGUGCUGCAUAAAUGUAAAACUGUCAGAUUGCCAAACAAUGAUUUACCUGCAAAGCAAUGUAUCGUUCUGAAUUGAGUCCACACAUUGCAUCAUUUGACAGUGUUUCCAAAGGGACUGAUUGCCUAUCAUGAUUCUUUUUAAAUUGAUCAACAUUUUUAAAUAAUAGACUUUAAGAUUUACAGUAAAGAAGAAGGCCAUUCGAUCCAUCAUGUCUGAGCCAGCUUCCAAAAGAGCUACGCAGUUAGCCCCAUUCUCGCACACUAUCCCCAUCGCCCUCUUAAUUCAUCACUUUCAAAUAUAUACCCAGCUUUGUUUUGGAAACUCCUCUGCCUCCAGCAAUCUCUCAGGCAGCACAUUCUGAAUUGUAACAACUCUCUGAGUAAGUUUUUUUUUUCCUCA